AUGUUAUAUUUGGAAAAGUUAAACUCUUUUAUAGAAAAUAAGUAUGCUUUGUCUAACUGGAAGAAGAAAAAAUUUCUUUGGAGAUAUAGUUUAUAUUUUAGUUUUUUUUACAUAUUACUGUUAUGUGGAAUGUCCUAUACAUUAAUUGUUAGGCUUUUAAUUUCAAGCGAAAGUUUUAGCAAUCAUUCAUGUUCUAUAUCUACCAUUUUAUUAGUGAAAAGAAUGUAUAUGGUACUAUUAACAUUUAUAAUUUUAAUGGGAUUUUUGAAUUUCUUCUUUUCUCGUUUAACAUAUUUAUAUUCGAAUUUUACAAAUAGCGAAUUUUUUAAUUUAGGAAUUUAUUAUAAAGUUGUGGGAUUUUUAAUAAAAUACAUUUCUUGGAUUUUGUCCUUAAUAUAUAUCUCUUGGAUAUCUUUUCUCAUAAUAAAUAUUAUUACUGUCUUUUUUAACCCACAAUUGUGGUGUAGCUUAAAGUAUAAUACUUAUGGAAUGGACGCAGUGAACAAUUGCCUCUUAGCUAAAAAUAAGGACACAGGGUGCGAAAUUACAAAAGAUGUAAUUAAUUUGAAGACAAAAGACAGUUGCAACGAUUUUAUUUUUUUAAAAGCACGAAGCUUUCUCUUUCUAGUGCGUUCUUCACCCAAUGUAGUAUGUUCAUUAAAAGAUAAGAAAUUAUGUGAUUCUUUUGUUGAUUUUAUAAAAAAUAAACAAACUUCUUGGACAUCCUUUCCAAAUUGCGUCGGAAAUGUAGAUGAUUUCACAGAACAACAUUUUUUAGAUACUUCCGAUAUGAAAAGUGAUGUUUACUUAUUUUCAGUGUCUGUUGUUUUUUUCUGGUUUGUUACUACAGUUAUAUUAUUUACACUAUUUGUGGUUAUAAAGGUAAACACACCUAUAGAUUCUUCUUUUAUUCUCAAUGAAGAGAGGUUAAAUUUUUUUUUUAAAUUUACCCGUAUUCUGGACGUAUGGAGAUGA